CUUUCCAUUGCGCACAGUGAUUGCCAUUGAGGGAGAGAGAGCAAACCCUAUGGCGAUGGCGCUCUAGCGGCCAGGCCAUGGAGCUUGGAGCGGUGCGGCGCGGCGAUCCUCCUCCUUGCGCGUGACGCAGCGGCGGCGGCGCGCAAUCGACCGCCAGAUCCAAAGUGUUGCAAAGGUGUGGGAAGAAAUCUCCCCUUGUUUCUAGGAUUUCUCGUCAUCGCGCACCGGGAAAAGCUGUGCGAGAGCUCGUAGAUGAUUAGGAAAGGAGGCAUUGACAGCAGGACAGGAUUAUGCAUCGGAGAGGGUGAGAGGAGGAUCCCGGCGGAGUUCCAUGGAUGAGAACUCGGAUGCCGACGCUCGCCACAUAGAUACGUAUCCUCUCUUGAUGGAGCAGCACUCAUCGUCGGCGGCGCCAGAGCACAGCGUCGUCAACGUAGAGCCCGAGGCUUCCAACAGUGGGAAUGCACAGCACCAUCAACACCUCCAACAAGGACAAUUGUCACAAAGGAAUGGGGACGCUGCCACCGCUCCCCCUUCCAGCAGCUCAUCCUCGUCGCGAUCCACUCGCAACUACUCAAUCCCCAGGCAGAGAAUCAGUCCACUCAACUCGGGCCUCUGGAUCUCCAUCGAGUUGACCAUCACGGUGAGCCAGAUCGUGGCGUCUAUCAUCGUCCUCUCGCUCUCCAGGGACGAGAAGCCGCAGGCUCCACUCUCGGUCUGGGUUGCGGGCUAUGCCGCCGGCUGCCUUGCGACGCUUCCGCUUCUCUACUGGCGCUACACCCACCGGAAUGGGACGACUCAAGCUCACGACCAACAUGAGUCUCCCUCGCAGUCUACGCCAUCCGCAGAGAGCCUUCCGCCAUCGCCGAGGGGGACGUCCUACGUCGCGCUGAACAUACCGUCGGCUUCCACGGAGGUGGUGGAGCCUCGGGCCCGGUCCCGAGGAAGGGACGUGGAUUCCGCGAGUGACAAUUCGGGUGUUGGAAGGCUGGUGGAGAAGUUCAAGAUUGCGUUGGAUUGCUUCUUCGCGGUGUGGUUCGUCGUUGGGAACGUGUGGAUAUUUGGCGGACACUCCUCGUCCCGCGAAGCGCCAAAUCUGUACAGGUUGUGUAUUGUUUUCCUUACUUUUAGCUGCAUUGGAUACGCCAUGCCCUUUAUUCUGUGCGCGACUAUAUGUUGCUGCUUGCCGUGCAUAAUCGCACUGCUCGGCUUCCGGGAGGAGCAAGCACAGAAUAGAGGCGCGAGCGCCGAGGUCAUUGCGGCCUUACCGACAUACAAGUUCAAGUCUAGGCCAUCGAGCGAGAGUAAAGACGGGAGCGAAUCUGAUAGUGAAGGAUCAAAUGAGGGUGGCUUCGUAGCGGCAGGCACCGACAAAGAGCGUGCCGUGUCAGCCGAUGAUGCGGUGUGCUGCAUAUGUCUUGCUAGAUACAGGGAUGGGGAGCCAUUGCGAGAGCUCUCGUGUACGCACCACUUUCAUGUGGAUUGCGUAGAUAAGUGGCUCAAGAUCAAUGCGUCCUGUCCGCUGUGUAAGCUGGAUGUUGGGGGCGCGAACGACCAGAGCGGCAAUGCGGCUGGCAACGAAGCAAGCGAAGCCAGAGCAGCGUGAUGGAUCCAGAAGGUUGGGCGCUGUCCGUCGAGAGGCGUGGUGGGGCGACCAGCAGCAAGGCUCUGGAGCGAGCGAGCGACGAGUGUCGGGUACUUAUCAACUCGUAAGUGCUGCUUUAUUUCCUCUCUCUCUCUCUCUUCUCCCCUCCCUUUUCUAAAAGAGCUCUUGCUAAGCGAAAGGUGCGACGAAGAUGAAAGAUGAAGAGAUAAUAAAAUUACCCACGCUACCAGAAUUUGGCUGACGCAGGUAUAUAGGCAUUAGUUUGUGAUUGUGUUUUGAUUAUCUACUAAAAAGGAGUUGAAAGGAGUUACCGAA